CACGCGCGUCAAGAUUGCACAGAGGUGCAGAUCCUGUUCGGAGCCCCAAAGGCAAGCAGUGGGUUUCCGGUUCCGGGAGUAAGCCAACGGCCGCAGAGGCGACAAGUACUGUUUUGGAGGAGGUUCUGGUGGAGGAGGAGGAGGAAAAAGAGUGGACCAGGCGAGCCGCGCAAGCGGGAUCCUCCCCAUGAGUCCACGGGCCUAGAGCGGAGGAAGCCGCGGGCCUGGUGUCAAACAGGCUUCUAUUCUUCUCUGAAGCACCAAUGGCUGAGGACUGGCGGGACUGCCCAGCCCUGGGCCCUGGCUGGAAACGCCGUGAGUCCUUUCGCAAGUCAGGGGCCUCUUGUGGACGUUCAGACAUCUAUUACCAGAGCCCUACAGGAGACAAGAUCCGAAGCAAAGUUGAGCUGACUCGGUACCUGGGCCCUGACUGUGAUCUAACCCUCUUUGACUUCAGACAAGGCAUCUUGUGCUACCCAGUUGCUAAGUCCCAUCCCUUGGCUGCCCCCAGCAAGAAGAAAAAGAAGCCCUCUAAACCAGCCAAGGUUAAGAAACAGCAAGCUGUGCCACAGAGGAGGGAAGUGAGGAAUGUGACUCCACGGGCUAAGAAGGCUGCCGCUGGCACAGUUCCAGCUUCCUUCCCUGAGCCUGGAUGCUGUGAAAAUUGUGGAAUCCGCUUCUCAUGGGAUGGCAUCAGAAGGCAGAGGCUCAAGACACUGUGCAAAGGCUGCCGAGCACAGAGAAUUAUCUUCAACCGAGAACAGAGAAUGUUUAAGCGAGUUGGCUGUGGGGAGUGUACAGCUUGUCUGGUGAAAGAAGACUGUGGGGCAUGCUCCACCUGCCGCCUGCAGCUGCCCCGUGACAUGGCCUCAGGGCUCUUCUGCAAGUGUGAGAAGAGACGCUGCCUACGGAUUAUGGACAAGAGCCGAGGGUGUGGAGUGUGUCGGGGUUGUCAGACCCAAGAGGACUGUGGCCAUUGCCGAGUCUGCCUUCGCCCUCCCCGCCCUGGUCUCAAGCGCCAGUGGAGGUGUUUGCAGCGGCGCUGCUUUUGGGCUAAACAUGAUCGUAAAAAAAGAGGCUCAAAGGUAGCUGCCCAGCAUCACUCCCGAGCUCGGCCACUGCCUCCACUUCCUGUAUCACAGCACCCAGAGCCUGCAGAGGCGCACUUCAGCGACGUAGCGCCCACAUCAUCUGCUGAGUUCAUCUAUUACUGUGUAGACGAGGACGAGCUACAGCCCUACACGAACCACCGGCAGAACCGCAAGUGCGGGGCCUGUGCAGCCUGCCUACGGCGGAUGGACUGUGGCCACUGUGACUUCUGCUGCGACAAGCCCAAAUUCGGGGGCAGCAACCAGAAGCGCCAGAAGUGUCGUUGGCGCCAGUGCCUGCAGUUUGCCAUGAAGCGGCUGCUGCCCAGUACUGGGUCAGGGUCUGAGGAGAGAGCAGGAUCACCUCCACACCAUCUUUGUCGAAAGAGGUCUGCUUCUCCUGCACAGCUUCAUCGGAGCUCUUCCUUAAAAGCCCCUUUGGCUGUGUGCACAAACCCACCAGGCCCUGUCCAAGCUUCAGUGAAGCAGCAAGCAGGUAGAGGCUUUGUGCUGCCCCCACCUGACACAGACCUUGUGUUUUUACACGAGGGGUCCAGCAGUCCUGUGCAGGUGCCGGGCCCUGCUGCAGCUUCCUCAGAAGCCCCAGUCCAGGAGUCCCAGUGCUCUGCCUCGAGUUGGGUUGUGGCCUUCCCCCAGGUGAAGCAAGAGAAGGUGGAUGUCCCAGAGGAGUGGACAGCAGGCACAGCCUUCCUGACUCCUCCCACACUGCAGCCUGGCUUCCCCAGCAAGGCGAUCGGCCCAGACUUUCCACCUGUGAAACAAGAGCCUCCUGGCCCUGAGGAGGUCAGAGAAGAAAACAAAGAAGAUUAUGUCUCUGAAUCAGCCCCAGAGGAGGAGAUAGGAGGAGUUGGCACACCAGUGAUCACGGAGAUUUUCAGCCUGGGUGGAACCCGCCUCCGGGAUGCAGCAGCCUGGUUGCCAAGGUCCAAGGACCUUAAAAAACCUGAAGCUAACAUGCAGUAGACUGGAGGCUUCUGCUGACUGUAGGACUGAAGUUGAUGUUUGCAGACCAGCCUUAUGAGAAACCACCCUGAUCUUCCGUGGGCUGGGCCCUGGCCUGGUUACAGAGCUUGUAUGUGAAUCAACCCUAGGAGAAAACCCUACAAACGCAAUCCAGGAGCAGGCCUGCUCAGUCCUUGAAGCUUAGAGGAAGAAUGCUGGGGAGGAAGAGAAAGAGUAGAAGGCUGGUAGAACAUCUGCUCCUCCAAGGAUCUCAGUGCGAUGAGAAGUUGGAUGUAGGGCUAGGGGAAGGCGAUAGCUGAAGCCACGGCAAACAACUCAAACAAGCCGUCUUCAUGUUUGUUGGUGGCUUCUGGAUGAGACCUGGCAGUGUGUCUGGACAUUUUCUCAGGGAAACAGCAGUUGAAAUGCUACAUGAAUAAAGGAGGAAAAGGGCCUGCUGUUUGGUGAGCUCCUGCCGUAGAGCUAACAGCCUCACGGGAGUCCUUAGGGCUAGAGUGAUAGUGUGCACUUACGCAGCUGGGUGAGUAGACUGAGAAGAGAUGAGCUUUCCCAGGGUCUAGAAACAGACUCAGGCUAUGAAAGCUAUGUUCCCAAAGCCAGCAAACCGUUAGCUGCAACCUUCUGUGCAAUAAUGAUAUUACAAUAACAGUUUUAGUGACUCAGAAAAUAGCAGUGGGUCACUAUGAACAGUGUAAGAUAACCUUGACA